UGUGUUCUUAUUGAAUCCUCAUUAGUUCUUUGUGUUCGUUUGUGUGAACUUGUUUUUUAUUGUAUUUUUUGUGAGUUACCACUGUGUUGUACCGUUUUCCAAAAUGAUGAAUGGUUCGAAUAACCAAAACGACAAUGGGAUGAUACAUCCUGAAAAUGGUGGUAUCAACCCUCACCGGAAUGUAGAAAUGGAUGGGAAUCAUGAACAUGCGGAGGCAGUAGAGGUCGAUGCAGAACCUAUUCCGGAUGUACAAUGGAUAGGACCGAGAGCACACCCAGUUUUAGUAGAGAACUACUUCUCUGUUGUCCAACAUGCACAACGAGUUACUUUAAUGGAGCAAGAAAUGAGUUCGUCGUCAGAUGAUGGAACAUGCUUUAGAGAACCAGCACAGUUUUCGCAGAUAGUGAAUCCUGAAGACAAUUCCAACCUCAGCGACACAUUAGGAACGGGAACUUCAUCUCGGUCAGACACAAUGCAUCCUCCAAGCCCUAUGGAAAUCGAGAGCUUCCAACAGCCAUCGUCUAGUAGACUCAAUAACUCGCUUCAAGUUUCAAAUGUUUUCGAGGCUUUUGCUAGGGUUGCAUCUGCUCAAUCGGAUCAAGCAGGCUCAUCAAGUCAAGACCAAUCAUCUGCACCAUCAACACAAACUGAAGCCUCUGGCUCAGGGCAAUCUUCCACGCACAGUGGUCAAGCUGCAACCUCUGGUACACAGGCAAUUGAGGAACUUCGGUUUAGAUAUCGUGAUGAUGCAACAACCAUCCAGCUCCUGUCACUUGAAGGCGAGGGAGAAAGCGAUGGUACUGUGAGUAUUCCCGUAACGGAUGAAGCAAUGUUUGCACCGAGGUAUGUUCUAUCUCCGAACUCUGUAGAACGCAACCCAAUGUUGGCCAGCUUGUUAGAAAAAAAUGAUAAUUUUCCUGACGAUGUUGUAUUGGAAGGCGACAAGGGGGAUCUUUAUGAGGCUCUCUUGAAGAAACAUGAGGAAGCCAAACAAGUUGAUAAUUCAAUCCCCAGAGAGCAACCACUCGAAAAAGGGUCCACUAUUUUCAUGGAAUCAGGUAUGACACACUUCAGACAUUGCGAUAUUACCAAAACGCUCUACCGGCAUGCUGGCAAUAUUGUGGAAAGAAUUAGGAAAAACGCCUAUCGCUUAGCGAAUGAUAGAACCACAAGACCAGUUAUACCUUUGGCCUUAUCACCAUUAGUAGAUCUAGGGAUUUUCCACAUAGUCUUUCCUGAUGCCGGAGGCGCUCCUUAUUUUUUUCUUUGGGAGGAUACCGAUCAACAUAAGAAAACUCCUUCCAACGGACAUACUAACGGUAAACAGAAAGAGUUCAAGCCAAGCGAAGAAGACUUAACGACCGUUGGGCAUGCUUUGCAUUUACCGGAGGAAAUCAAAUUUAUCGGACGCUUGGUCAUUCCAUUGGAUUUCUCAGAAAAGUCUUAUGUAAACAAGCUUGGUGGAUUUCCAUUGCAUGUACCACCAGGAAGUGAGGUAAAAAUGCAUAUAUCGGAGUCCAACCUACAGAAGAAAAAUCCAAUGUUGAGUGCUUUAUUGAACCUAAUCAAAGAAACACCAACAGUAAUGCUGAACAAUCCAAUUACAACAUCGAUGAUUACGACUCCUCCUCCAGAGUGGAAGUUUCUCUUAUCUUUAGUAGCUGAACUCAACAUGGGAAGAAUAAAGGCAUUGACAGAAGCGAGGAAUUUUAUAUUAGAUGAGGCAUACAAGAUAGUUCAGAAGGUGAAUCCUAAACUAGCUAAACAGUGGAAGGAACUGGACGCAAGAAUUCGGAACGAUGUGGAAAACCCAAUUCUGGAAAAAGUACGAAAUAAAAUAUUAUAUCGAGUCAUAAAAAUAAUUGCGAAGUUUGAACCUCUGUUGGCGAAGUAUUGGAAUGAUUGUGAUGCAGAUUUUGAGUUACUCGACCUAUAUCGACCCAAGAAAGACUACUUUCCGAAACAAAUACCACAUCAACCUGUAAGCUACCUAGUGUACAAUGUGACAAUAAGGGGAGGUCCUGAAAAUCCUGAUAGUCCCCCUACUAACCCCCCUACUAGUCCUACUAAUCCCGAAUCACCGACAGAAGAGACACCUGUUCAAAGAAGGGAGUCCACAGACGAUCAACAGAGCUCCGAAGAUGAGGCCCAACGUGGACUUGGCAUCUCAGAAACGCCGCCUGGAGAAACAGAAGAUACAAGCAAAGUCGAGGUGGAAGAAAUUAGUUGUGCCCAGGAAAAUCAAACACCUGUGCAAGAAGUCACCCCAGCACAGGAAAGUCAAACAACUGUUGAAGAAAAUACUACAGCCCAUGCGAAUCAAAGUCCUGUCGAAGAAAAUGCCACAGCUCAGCGAAAUCAAGCUUCUGUAUCAGAAAAUAGGCAAGUUCGACACCAUCUUUUUUAUCAAGAUAGAGCAACAGCAGAAAUGAUGGAAUUUAUGAGCAGACUACCUUAUCCAAGAAGUAAUAUAAGGACUCAUCCUGCCGCAUUUAUUAGAGAAAGAAUUAAUGCCGCUAUGAGUUUCAUUCAGGCUGGAAGUACCACUGUAAGAUGUGGUCCACAACAGCAAAAUCAAGCAACAAGCUCUGCAGCAAGUAGUGUUCAUCACCUCUCAGAUGAAAACACGCCUCCAACAACGGAUCAACGAGUACCAACUCUAGUAUCGAGCCGAUCUGCGAAUGCACCUACCCCACUACAGACUCAUGUUAAUACCGAAAAUAUACCACAACCUAGCACUUCUGGAAGUACACAGCCUUUCAUCAUACCCCCAGCUCUUCAACAAGCUGAAGAUCAUCCUCUACCACGGAGCCAUAUACCUAUACUCCAGGGGCCUCAACUACCUCGACUACCGCUCGAUAGUCUCAGUUCAAUAAUUGACCCACAGCUACUUCAGCGCCUUGCAGCUAAUCGAGUUAGAGUACAGAUUGUUCCCCGACCUCAACCACCUAACCAAGGAAUGAAUUUAGAGGCAUAUGUUAGGGCCCGAACGCCACGUGUUUUUUCGACUCCUAUUCAGCAGAGACACCCUAUCACAGCUUCCAUACUGAGUAGUCCGACCAGAUCUUCUAAGGUCCAUCCAAAGUAUAAGAAUCGAUUAGGAAUAUGCAGUGCAGGGGACAGCCCAGCAGCUUUUACCAUUCCGAAGCCACGAAGAACGAACCCACCAAGAUUUUGUAAGUCCAAGGCUCGGCAGGGUGGUCCAUCCCAGGCGUAUUUAAAUUUAGAGGCCAAACGCAGAUUAGGAAACUUUUCGUAUGAGGCUUCAGGAAUCAGAGUUCGAUAUGUACAACCGACAGAUGGAGAUAAUGCUGUGACAACAAUGAAUACGUCACAACCGUCUUCUUCAAGGAAAAGGAAAAAUGAAGAUCCUAGUACAGGAGGAACUAAAUCGAAACAGCCAACCCCACAAGCAUCCCCAAGGAGAACGGCAACAUCCACUGCAACCCUACAGCAAUGCCCACCACCACAACCAACAGCAGGGAGUUCGCAAAGUAGAGAGACGAGAAGUUCAGAGCAGAGAAAUUUUCCGCAACAGCAAGAAGAUAUUCCAAAGGACGAUGAUGAAGAGGAAAUGCAACAGGGGAGUUCGCAAAGUCGAGAGAAGAGAAGUCCAGAGCAGAGAAAUCUUCCGCAACAGCAAGAAGGUAUUCCACAGGUCAAUGAAGAAGAGGAAAUGCAACAAAGGAAUGAACAACAAUAUCCAGAAUUGGUCAGACGUUUGUCAACCCUUGCUCAGGAGAACCUUGAAAGAUCUGCAGAAAGGGAUCAAUCAAGGACAGAAACAGAGGAAAGCACUCAGCAACCUAUAAGAGAUAGUGUUGAAUCUGAACCUGGAAGAAUACAGGAGCAUAGUCAACAUCCUCCUGACGUUGGAAAUGAAUCAAAUAUUGCAGGAAGAGUACAUCCCACUCGAGAAGUCAGUGAAGAAAGUCAACCAGUACCUGGAGAAAGACAGGAGGUUACUCAACAACCCACAACACAUAGUCAAUCAGAAACUGAUGCAAGAGUGAAUCCAACCCCAAGUUCCUCUGCUGCAGGAAGUCAACAUAGGAAUGAAGCUGAUAUUCAACAAUCCUCAACAUCCACAAAUCACCAAACGGCCAUUUUCCCACCAUAUGAAGGUCUUGCUGCGGCAUUAGCAGAAAUGUUGGAAAACAGGAAAAAACGACAAGAAUCUGGGCAAACACCACAGCAGACAUCUCAGACUGUGCCGAGUACUCCAAGAAGCACCCCUCCAAGACAUCAAACAAGACAAUCACCACCGUUGAGAACAUCGGCAUCAGACCGAACCUAUGCAGACAUGGACGAUUCUUCUAACUCUUUUUACUACGUAGUAAACGAAAACGAAGAAGCACCUCCAGGAACAGUAAAAGUUGUGAUGGAAGGACUUGGCCUUGCACUGUACGAAAUGAUCAUCAAGUCGAAGAAAACCAGUGGAUCAGCACAGCAACAGCAAUAUGAUCCCAACCUUCUUUCUACUGGAAAUGCUCCAUUGCAGAUACCUACAACAAAUUAUUAUCAGAUACCGACAACAUAUUAUUAUCAGAUACCGACGACAACAUGUUAUUGUCAGAUGCCGACAACAUAUUAUUAUCAGAUACCGACAACAUAUUAUUAUCAGAUACCGACAACAUAUGAGACGCCCACAACAUAUCAGACGCCUACAACAUUUCAGAGGCCUUCAACAUAUCAAAUGCCUACAGCAUAUGAUAUGCCUACAACACAUCAGAUACCUACAACGAAUCAUCAUCAUGUUCAUGAACAAAUUUCAUCAAUUGGAAUCCCUCCAGCAGAUGGGCAACAUGUUGGCUCACCUGCUUUGGCUGGUAGUAUAUAUGAAUGGAUCAAUUCACCACCACAAGAGCUUCAUACAUUCCCACCAUUUUCUCCUGCAAACACUGUUGAAGAGCCUGUAUAUCAUUCACCAUUUGAUACUCCUGGUUCAUCUAGUGUAUAUUACGAAUAUUCGCAGGGCCAACAAAAUAACUUGCAGGUUUGUACACCUCCUCCUUCUAGAGCUACUUCCGUGGACAUUGAGCGUCAGCAGCAACAUGUUGAGUGCCCUCCAGAGCAACAACAUUUUGAAAGUGGUUCAACACCCCCUUCUGCCACAACUAAUGCUCCCAGAAUCAUCGUGCACGAGCAUUUUAUUAUCAGGCCCGUCUCUGAUCAAAGUACGGAUAUUUCGACAGCACAGCAGCAACAAGUUUCUACACCACUUUCUGGUACCAGUAGAAGUAUAGAAAUAGAUUCCGAAAAUCUUCAACUUGGUGGUUCCCCUGCUUCUCCUCGAAGUACACCUUUGGAUCUAUCUUCAGCAGAUCGGCAGAAUGUGGCUUCACCUUCUUCUGUUAGAAGUGUACCCAUGGAUAUUUCGCCACUAUCUGAUCAGAUUAUUCGUACACCACCCUCUGCCGGAAGUGCAAUGAUGGAUAUUUCUCCAGAGAAUCAGCGGCAUAGCAGCGCGAAUUCUACUGCUGGAAGUAUGGACAUGGAAAUAUCACCGGAACCUGAUCAUCAAGAAAGAGUACAUCCUAGAUCAUCGGGUAGUACCAGUUGCAACGUAUCUCCAUAUUCAAACAGUCGACCUGGUCCUUCACGAGUGGCUUCUACGGAAUUCAAAGUUCCAGAUACCCCUCAAAGAAGAAGAAGAAGGAGGAGAAGAAGUUUGCCAAUUAAUAAUUCGGAUCAUAUGGAGAUUCCCCCUGGAAUGAGAAGAACAAUGAGUUUUCCUGGCAUUGAAGUUCAUGAACCACCAUAUUAUCUGAAAAAUGUAGCGUUGAGUUAUGUUCCACCACUUGGGGCACCUCUCAGACUAACUAAUAGGCUUAGGAGACUGCCAGUUCAGCAUUUCAUUGGACUAGCUAGAAGCUUUAUUAACAAAGCUCCCAGAUGCAAAUGUCAACUGCCUGCACAUCUAUAUAAUACAAGGGCGGUUCAGAUGGGCAUUCGUCGAAUGUUAGCUCAAACAACUGAUUCCGAUCUGCGUCCUGUGACGCCUCGUCCAGUCCUGGAACAGAUUGCACCAUUUGCAUUAGUGCAAGACAAUCCGAAUGAAAAUCCUCCAGAAAAUGACGGUCAAUCUAGAGCACAGUCCCUCGUUGAUUGUCUGACCAGUGUACCUAUUUCGCCUUUCGACCCGGAAACAGUACCAUGCAGCUAUCGUGCAAGUUUCGUGGAGAAAAUUUUGACUACUGAAGAUCUAGGUUCCACAAACUAUGCAAAAGUAGCAAGAAUGUCGUACGAUGAUUUGAGAGCUUAUGUGAAUGAUUAUUUCAUUAAUUAUGAGAGGGACAAAAACAAAAACCUUAGGCAGUCUGUUACGGGUUUACGAUCAGACACUGCACACUUGUCAAGAAGUGGUGCAGCAAGCACAUCUAGAUCCCAAAGUACAAAUAGGGCACGGAGUUCUUCAGUGCCCACAACAAUAUCAACAGGCGCUGUUCCCAGGAGGACAUGCUGCUUGAAAAUUUCAAGCACGCAUAGUCGUAAACCAAUCACGCGUUUUUCACCUCAUCUUGUUUGUGGAACACCAAGCAAUCAGAGGCGUUCUGUGACUCAUACUACUCUGAGUUACUCAAACUCACCAAUCAUGUCAGAUGCACCCUAUACAGCGGGUAUUUCUAGGAUACCAACUGCACAUAGUUCCAAUAACCCGCGACUAAACCCGGCUCCAACACCAGGUUUAUCUGGUUUAGAUCUUCGUAUUGGUUCCAGAAGAAGUUCAACUGAAGACACGCAUGAACCAACGAUUGCGAGUCAAGGUUCGUCGACUGCACCCUUUGAUACGGAUGUUACAGAAGACACAUCUAGAAUGCAAAGAGCAGAAGAAACUAUUUACUCGCAAAUCACCUCGGGUCCUGCAACCAAUACAGCAAUGACAACUGAUUUGGAUUCAGGAGUCGCCACAAACAUAAUACAUGGAAUACAAAGUCCAGACUUGCCUAACAAUACACAAUUAACAUCGGAACAACACCAAGAAAACUACUUCGACCAGACUGACCCUCCCACUACAAUAGUCGUACAACCUGAUAUCGACACAAUGGUAGCCACAAACCUAUAUGGAAUACAAACAGCAGAUGAAGCUUCACAUAUGGAAAUUGCUCCGACUGAAUACCUUCAAAACUAUCAGGACCAUGUUGCCACUGCCACAACAGUCAUGCCACCUGAGUUCGAUACAAACAUAUAUGGAACACAGAGUGCAGACUUAGCUAGUAAUACACAGUUAACUCCGGCACAACACCUUCAAAACUACCUAGACGAGACUGCACAACAUCUCCGAAGUCUUGUCUAUACCUAUGAUCUUGAAAGUAAUGUCAGUUCAUAUACGAGUAGAGACAGACCUUCAACAAGCUUCUCUUCUAAUACUCAUGAAUCGACCAAUUACCAAUAUCCCAUAGAAGAAUAUAAUGCUCAACAACAUAAUCUUGAGGAGAGCCAGAGAUCUACCCAAUCAUCCAGACAAGCUGUACAUUUGUCAAGCUAUGUAAAUCCCGAAAUUGCACAAAUGUACCAACUGCAUGAGCCAGUACAGGAAGCACAUCCAACGUCUAUUCCUUUAAUGAGCAAUAUACCAGAACCCUACCAGAUUCUGUUUCAAGAGAACACCAGACGGCGUCGUUCCACCAAAACCGAUUCCUCCAGAAGGAGUCAAUCAGGUCCAGCUGAAUCUAUGAGGAGAACUAGUCCAAGAAAGAGCCAUAGUGAAAAGAAAGAAAACAUCAACAAUUUCGUCUGUGAGACCUGUGGUAAAGUUUACAAAUUCGAAAAAAGGUUUAUAACCCAUAAGUCAGAAUGCAAAAAAAAGAAAGAGGAAAAGGAUAGGUCUUCGAAAUCUAAGAGGAAAUAUGGCCGAGAUUCACUAUAGUAUAACGAGCACUGUUCGAUGUUUACAACGAGUUGAAUGCGAAUAUUCAUCAUUCUAAUUAUCUUCUUCUAUAUAUUUUAAAUAAUUUGUGAUUAUUGAGAUUGUUGUGUUUUGUUUAAUUGUAUGUUAAUAUUUCAGUAUAUUGAUAUCUUCAUUAGGUUUUUAAUCAUGUAAAUCAUUAUUUCCUUCAAUGAGCAAUGAUGUAAAGAAAAAAUGUUUUUACCUAAUAUAA